GCCUCCUCCUCCUCCUCCAACUUCAGGGUCGCCCAGGCAUUCACAAUCUUCCUUCUGCUUCAUUGAACGCCUCUAGGGAGAGGCACACUCAGCCAUGGUAUCUGCCACAAAAUCAUCACAGAAACGGGCUGCGCCUGCGCAAGCCGGACCCAAAGCCAAGAGGCCGCACGUAGAAAAGAGCAGCAAAAACAAGUCGGAGACAGCUGCAUCUGACAAGGGAAAGAAGCGUAGCAGGCCUGUUACAAAGCCCGUAUCAGAAGAUGAGGAGUCAGGAUUGGACGAAUCGGGAGAGGAAGGUCUCCAGGAGGAAGGGGACAACUUCGAGGAGGACGGAGAGUCAAAAAGCGCACCCGCGAAGGAUCCGAAUGCCGCACGAGAAUCCCACAAAGCCCAGCGUGUACUCCUCAGCGAACGGCGUGCAGCAAAACCGCACUCUGACCUUCUCGUAGAAGCCAAACGCACCUGGCGCCUGGCGCACCAAAAGAACAUCCCUCGUGCGGAACGCGAGAAACACAUAACCGCGCUGAUGGACGUCAUCCGUGGAAAUGUGAAAGACAUCGUGCUGAAGCACGACGCAAGCCGGAUCGUACAGACGGUCGUGCGCUAUGGCGGAGAGAAGGAGCGGAAUGAGAUCGCCCAGGAGCUGAAGGGGAGGUAUAAGGAGCUGUCGCAGAACAAGUACUCUAAGUUCCUGGUGACGAAGCUCGUCCGCUUCUGCCCCGGACAUCGCGCGUCGAUCCUACGCGAGUUCCAGGGCCACAUCCUACGCCUGCUUCUCCACCGCGAAGCAUCCAGCGUACUGGCAGAUGCUUUCGAGCUCUAUGCGAAUGCAUACGAACGAUCCAUCCUUCUGCGCGAUUUCUACGGCAAGGAGGCGAAUCUAGUGGUGAGCGUCACAGCAGGGAGUGGGGAGGAAAAGGAGCGCGCGAAGAAGGGGCUGCAGGGCGUGCUGGAGGGGCUCGAGGGUGAGCGGAGGAAGAGGGUAUUGAAUGCUGUGAAGGAGAACCUCGUGACGAUUUCCAAUAACCCUGACAAGGGUGCGAUAUCGCACGCGAUUGUCCACCGCGCUCUUUGGGAGUACCUGUCCGCGGUUGCUUCAAUCGAGGACGAGGCGGAGCAGGAGAAGCUCAGGCGGGAGAUAUUCGAGAGCUGUCAGGACCUCAUCGCAGAGAUGGUCCACACGAAAGAUGGUAGUCGCGCUGUCCGCGAGUUCAUCGCCCACGGCACCGCGAAGGAUAGGAAGCAGAUCGUCAAGACGAUCAAGCCGCACGUCCAGCGGAUGUGCACCGACGACGAGGCGCAGCUGGUGCUCUUCACUGCCCUGGAUGUGAUUGAUGACACAAAGUUGACGGCGAAGUCAUUAGUGUCAGACAUGAUAGCGUCCGCAUCAACCCUCUACACGUCGCCACAAGGCCGCCGUGCACUCAUCUAUCUGGUCGCACCAAGAACAAGGCGGCACUUCACACCCGCGCAGAUCGCGACGCUGGCAGAAACGGAUGCAGUGCGCGCACGGACGAGCAAGAAAGACGGCGCCCUGCGAGCCGCCGAGAUCCGCAAGGCAGCGAGCGACGGUCUCCUCUCAUGGCUCGCAGAGAGCGGCGCGGACGUCGCGCGCGAACCCGGCGGGAGUUUGGUCGUGUGUGAGGUCAUGCUCCACGCUGAGGGCGACAAGUCGCCUGCAUCCGAUACCCUCCUCAAAGCCCUCUCCGCACCAUACCCGUCACCCGAAGCGAUCUCUCCGCACCCCAUCUCCCUCCCACACACGUCCCGUCUCUACAAGACGCUCCUUCAGGGCGGCCACUUUAACCACUCUACGAAGGCGAUCGAACCCGCGGAGCACUGGUCCGCAGCGGCCUUCGCGAGACGGUUCGUCGAGCUGGUUGGGCGUGAGCCGACGGUGGCAAUGGCGCGCGGGGAUGGCGCGUUCGUCGAGAGGAAGACUGUAAGUGUGUGGUUCACGGAGGGUGUGAGGAAGGAGGUUGCGGAUGCGAAGGGGAAGGGGUGUGCGGUGCUGCUCGAGGCGUUGAAGCCGCUGUGAUCGUGAUCGCGUAUGCCGUCCUCAAGUAAUUCGUCACAUCUGUUUUGCUAUGUGCCUUGCUGGAACCGGUUUGGUGCGCGAGCCUUGCUACGGGGACCUCCUUUGGAUUAUAGUGAUUAAUAUCGCGACUAAUGUACAGGGUUCUGUCCAUCCAUCAUGCGUG